UAAAAAUGGACAGCAAUUCUAGUUCGUUUCAUCAUUCGUCGUACAACUGUUCGUCACCGGAUUCCGAAUCCAACUCGAAUCAGGAAUUGAUGAAUGCUUCAGCGCUUGAGGAGCAAAUCCGACAGUCCAACAAUCAGAUAGGAACCGUGAUAUUGUAUGGCGUGCCAAUCGUCUCGUUGAUGAUGGAAACCAAAGAACGGCUCUGUCUGGCACAAAUUUCAUCGACGCUUUUAAAAGAUUACUCCUACAACGAAAUUCACAAUCGUCGCGUGGCGUUGGGCAUCACUUGCGCUCAGUGCACACCUGUCCAGCUCGAGUUGUUAAGACGGGCCGGAGCGAUGCCCGUUACAUCUCGUCGUUGCGGAAUGAUUACCCGUCGCGAAGCCGAGCGUCUUUGUAAAUCUUUUCUUGGUGACCACAGCCCGCCUAAACUGCCGGAAAACUUUGCUUUUGACGUCAGUCAUUGCUGUGCAUGGGGUUGUCGGGGCGCGUUUCUUCCGUCGCGAUACAAUUCGUCACGAGCCAAAUGCAUCAAAUGCUUUUAUUGCAGCCUGUUCUUUUCGCCCAACAAAUUCAUUUUCCACUCGCAUCGAAGCCUACCUGACGCCAAAUACAUUCAACCAGACGCGGCCAAUUUCAAUUCAUGGCGCAGACACAUCCACCUGACUGGAUCACCGCCCGAUCAGGUCAUGUUUGCUUGGGAAGAUGUCAAAGCGAUGUUUAACGGAGGCAGUCGGAAACGGGUCGCUAGCGUUGGCGGAAACAGCAGCGGCACUGCCGUGACUAGCACAUCCAAUCAAAAUGCAUCCGGUACUGAAAUCAACGCCAAGCAGAGCCAGGACGUUACAGUUCCAGCUAAAAACACGAAAACGACAAAGAAUUCUAGUGCUAAUAAGAAAGCCAAAGUUGAGAACAACACCCUACCUGAAGUUCGAACACCGGAAACUGUUCCAGUAGUAACGACAACAACUUCUUCGACGUCCAGCAGUCCUGGACCGAUUGCUGUUCCGGUGACUCCGCAAGUCUACCACCAUCCGAUUCAAUCGCAAUCGCUACUUGCCCGUUUGAAUUCGAUAAUACCAACGGCCGGGCCACUUCUUGCCAACAAAACGCCAACCGAUUCGCCUGGCCAGGAUUACAGCAUGACCAUGUGGAACGCGGCUGGAACUGGCCGUUUCUGGUCGCCCUAUUUGAAUCCGCUUCCGUUUAAUCCCUACAGCUAUUAUAACUAUUUGAUCAAUAAAUCGGAUCAAUUCUCGUUGAUGAUGAAUCAUUCGGGCAGCGGAUGGCAGCAGCUCGUUACCAACAAACCUCGGAUCAGUUCAACUGUUACCUCCGCAACACCUAAUCAAGUUCUGAAGGCUGGAUUGGACGAGAGCAAAGCCAGCCAUACGCAAAUGAAUCAUUCUUUCAUCCAAGAAGAAGAGGCGGAAGCUUUCGUCGAUGUGGAAUCCACCGAUCCAGCCCUUGACAAUUGAAUGUCCUUUCUCAUCUUUUAGAAUUGAAAAGAAAACUGUGUUUAAUACGGCCAUCGUUCUAGUCACCGGUGUUUUGACAUUUCCUUGUUUCAAGUAAUGAAGCAGCUGGCCGAACGUAUAAUUAAAGCUUACCUUAUAUUGUUAUAAAUUUGGAUGUUUCUCUCUCUCUGUCCAUAGUCGUCUUAUUUCAAUGUAUCGAUAUUUAUAGUC